UGAGCCCUACGAGCUCGUACAAUGUGAAUAUGAUCGCAACACCACCUCCUGCCGAGCCGCAGCUUGUCACCGUGUCCGCUAUUUUGUUCUCUCCGGAGGAAGGGCGCCCACGAAUCGUCACUGUCAAUUGCCGGCCCUCCCCGAAAGCAUCACAAGGAAUGUGCCCCAUCCCCGUUCUCGACGCUUAUUUCGGCGACAACCAAAUCCAAUCCAUUGUUUUAACACAAGGACUGAACGGCGAACCACUCCGAUUCCCCUUGCAUCUUUGGUAUGCACCUCAGCUCCUCCAAAAGGGUAACCCGGUCAAUCGGGCUAUCUUCCACAUCACGUCUGGAGCUGCUGAAAAGCCCUGGGCUGGUCCGGUCGUCGUCCUCAAGUUUAACGGCUCGCGCCGUCAAGGCUACUCUGACGCAGGCUCGAAUGACCUCCCCGCCCUUUCGGCUUAUUUCCUUUCGUACAAGUAAC